AUGGACAACGGCAUCGACUACGAGGCCCUGGGCGUGGACCGCCGCCAGAUCCGCCUCGUCCGCCUGCCCCCCGCGCCGGCAGCCGACUCCCCCCUCGACUGCGCGCUGGAGACCUUCACCCGGACGACCUGCCCGGAGUACGCCGCCCUCUCCUACACCUGGGGCUCCGAGGCGAGCACCGUCCCCCUCAGGGUCAACGACAAGGCGUGCCGGAUGCUGCACGACGACGAGGAGCACCUCAAGGGGAUGAAGAAGGCGUACGACUCGCUCUGUCGGCGGAGCUACUGGAAGAGGCUGUGGAUCCUCCAGGAAUUCGCCAUCGCCUCGCACGUGUCCGUCAUGUGCGGCUCGGCCAUGCUCCCGUACGACCUCCUGCUGGCCGUCCAGCAGUCGGCCGGCAGGGUGAGGGAGGAGAUCGAGAAGCGCCAGACGCCGGGGAGGGACCUCCUGCUGGAGAGGCUGUACACCAACUACGACUCCCCCUCGCGGAGUUUCCUCGACAGCGUCGUCACGCGCCGGGCGAGGUUCCGGGCCGAGGACUACGAGGGCGAUCUGUUCUUCCAGGUCCUCACGACCUGUUUGGUGCUGGAGAGGGACUACAACAUCCCGCAGACGUCGGACCCCCGGGACCGCGUGUUCUCGCUGCUGUAUCUCGCCGCCGACGUUGAUGAGAUAAAGGGGAUUGUGGACUACUCCAAGACGUGCGCGGAGGUGUACCAUGACACGGCGCUGGCGCUGCUCAAGCAGGGCAACGUGGAUGUUCUAUCAUACAGCCAGUUCCCGAAGGAGAUCGAGGGUCUGCCGACAUGGGCGCCGGACUGGUGCAUGCCUGUACGCAACCCGUGCAACCAGGGGCCAUGGUACAGCAAGUUCUCCGCCUCGGGCGACUCGGAUGAGAAACAGCAAGUGCAAGAGGUCAGCCGCGACCGGCUGAGCAUAAAGGGGUUCUCGGUGGACACGGUGAAGAAGUACGGCAAGGUUUGGAACCCGGACUGGGAGAAGCCGCUGGACCGGGAGGCGGCUCUCGCGUUCAUUGAUGACAUCAAGGAGCUGUGUGAGCUGUCGCCGCGGGUACGGGCGAACGAGGAGCUGCUCGAUGCCGUGCGAGUUGCCACAUCGGACGGGGCGCAGUACGGGGAGGAGGACGUGAGCGGCCAACUCAUUGCCAACUACAUUGCGGAGUUCAUCUGGGCAUACGACAGGCUGGUGAAGCUGGUGAACCCGAUUGGAGAAGAUGGGAAGCCGCAGGAGGAUCAAACUCCGAGUGACGACGACUGGCUGGUUCGUGCGAUUCACUACCUCCAUUCUCGCCGCCCCUUCUUGACGAGUACGGGGUUUUUGGGCUUGGGACCAUCACACAUGCAAGAGGGGGAUGAGGUAUGUAUCUUCUACGGGGGCAAGACGCCAUACAUGGUCCGGCCAGAGAAGGACGGGGAAGGAUAUGGCUUGGUGGGCGAGACAUUCCUGUAUGGGGUGAUGCAUGGUGAGGCGCUCAAGGGCGAGGUCAACUCCAAAACGUACAUUCUACAAUAG